AUGGAAAAGGACCGUUUUCCCUGCUUUUUCCUUUUUCUGCUGGUUGUGGGGCCUUUCGUAAGGGUCUCCCCUGUUCCAGGUGGGUAAAUGUCCGUUCCCUUGCUGAUGGUUAAGAUAAGACCUUGUGAGUUGCCUAAGAUAUUCGUUGGUGUGUUUUUAUUACAAAAUGUAUUACAACCCUAGAAAAGUUAUGCUUUUUAGUUUAUUUUGAUUGUUUAUUGCUUUACCAGUUUACAGACCAAUUGUCUUUGCUCACCAUAAUCUGGUCCUUAACGUAUUCAUGUCCAAAUGGAAUUUUCUUAUUUAGUAUCUGCAACAUGGCUGUUAAAAUGUAUAUAGCAUUCCAUUAUGGAAUGGAACUUUUACAGAUCACAUAUUGAUAGAGGCAGAAAUUGUUGUUGGUCCUUUAAAGAAUUGAACAGUUUGCUUUUUAUGUAUGUUUUAGCUUUCUGUUAUUAAACUUUUUAUGUAGAUUUUACCGUACAUCUUGUAAGAUUUGCUAAUUGAACUAUUUGAAUGUAUUAAAUGACCUUAUGGUUUUCAUAAAUUCAUAUGUAUUUUCUGUAAGCUACCUUAUAUAAUACUUUCACAGGGUUAGUGUGAAAUGUAGGAUAUUUAACAUGAAUUUCAAAUACGCUAAAAUAAACAAAUUGGAAACACAACUGGCUUGGAGAAUGUUUCCAGUUUGGCUAUUUUGGCCUUACAUUAGAAUUCCCGACAAUUCCACUGUCUGCAACGUAGCAUUUGGGGUCUGGAAGGGAACGGGGACUGUAAGCAAAGAGAAACAAUGACUGAUACUGAGAAGAAGCAGAACUAAUCUGGUCACAGCAAAACACCUUGCUGUGCUCCUAGUUUCACCAUGAAGGGAAAUAUUAUUGUUAACAUCAUUGUUUAAAGGGUCACUAUAGUCACCAAGACAGCUUUAGCUUAAAGGGACACUCCAGGCACCCAGACCACUUCUGCCCAUUGGAGUCAUCUGGGUGCCAACUCCCAUCACCCUUAACCCUGCAAGUGUAAUUAUUGCAGUUUUUACAAACUGCAAUAAUUACCUUGAAGGGUUAAGUUCUCCUCUAGUGGCUGUCUAUCAGACAUCCACUAGAGGGACUUCCAGGUAUGUAAACGAAUUUGAGGACCUCCAGCGUCGCCGGAAUCCCCACAGGAAAGCACUGAAUAAUGCUUUCCUAUGGGGAGGUCUAAUGCACGUGUUUGGCCAUUGGCGCACAUGCGCAUUAGGUCUCCCCCGCUGGUGGAUGUCAGCGGGAGAGGAGCAUGGGUGGAGCCUGACCCAGUGCCGAGGGACCUCAGCGCUGGAUUUAGGUAAGUGUCUGAAAGGGUUUUAUCCCCUUCAGGAACAUGGGAUGGGGGGCAGGAGGGAGGGGGGCAUGGUAGGAUUCUCUAGUGCCAGGAAAACGGGUUUGUUUUUCUGGCACUGGAGAGUCCCUUUAAUUAAGCCGUUUUGGUGUAUAGAUCAUAUCCUUGCAGUCUCACUGGUCAAUUUUUUGCCAUUCAGCAGUUAAAUCACUUUGUUUACGCAGUUCAAGGCACAUCUCCAUGCACGUGACUUACACAGCCUUCCUAAACACUUUCUGUAAAGAGUCACCUAACGUUUAUGCUUUUUUAAUUGAAAAUGUUUAAUUUAGAAUUUCUUAUCUCCUGCUCUGCUAAUAGCUUGCUAGACCCUGCAGGAACCUCCUGUAUGUAAUUAAAGUUCAAUUACAGAGCAGAAGAGGCAAUCUUUUAAAGUAAGUAACAUCUGAUUGAAAGUGAAACCAUUUUGUUUUCAUGCAGGCUGUGUCAGUCACAGCCAAGGGAGGUGUGGCUAGGGCUGUAUAAACAGAAACAAAGUGAUAUAACUCCUAAAUGGCAGGGAAUUGAGCAGUACGAUUGCAGGGGCACAAUCUACACACAAAAACUGCUUCAUUCAGCUUAAGUUGUUUUGGUGGCUAUAGCUGCCCUUUAAAGUACAGCUUUGGGGUUUAGUAGAACAGCCUGACUAAUUCAAUGUAUGGUUUGUAAGAAACACUAAGUAUGUACUGCUAAGCAUAGACUAUAUCGCUAGUCUCGCAAACCUUUGACUGACGUAGCUGUUAGUGAAUACAGGGCACUAAACAUUAACAGUAAAGACAUACAUUCGAUCAGAACAAAACAACAAACUACCCCAGAGUCCAUCAGAAUUAAAUGGAGACAUAUUGUAACUCCUACUGUGAUAAAGAUCAUACAGAAGGCUACAGUUUUAGAUUGCUACAGCUCCCCCUACUGUUUAAUCUGUCAAACACACUAUUAUUAUUAUUGUUAUUAUCCUCUUGUUGCUCCAUUAACAGCAAGGUUAGACUGUUAUUCACAAUGGGGAAGGCUUACUGUUAUCUGUUACUGUUACUGCUUCUGCCUCUGUCUAGAUAUGCACUCUGUGCAUUAAUUCACCCUGUAUGAAGAUAAAUGCCUUAUUAGCAGGUUAAACCCCAGUUCUCUAUUUAUGUAAUUGUACCAUAGGUUUGGUGUUUCUUCAAUUAAUGUUAUCUAUCACUAAAUAUAUUAUAUAAGGUCCUAUAACAAUACUAUACCUUUCAUUUUGGGUCUUAGGCUGCACAAUCGUGUUCAUCUUAGAUCCAAUCUUCUAGUACUCUUAGCUCUUAAACUCAUCAGAUUGAUGUUAUAGCAGUUAUUGAGGUCCAUCAACCAUGUAGUUCUAACAAAAGUUGUAUUUUUUGUUUUUAUUCAUGUAUUUUGUCCAACACAAAUGAAGGAAUACAUUUUAUCAGCAAAUGUUUUGUCUGUAAGGCUGGCAAAGCAUUGUGGGGAAACUAGUUCAAUAGUGGUUCUUACAGAGCUUCCAAGGUAAAUGUGUGAUCACACAAACACAAACUGAGCUAGGGCUUGCUAUAUGGGAAACAUAAAAUAGAUAUUUUUAUUACAAUUUUGGAAGAAUUUCAUUGCUAUUUAUUGGGCGUAAUUUUUGGUUUCCAUAAAUCAAUACAUUGAAGAUGACGAGUGUCCGGACGCCAGACCAGCUCACGAGGAUUGUGAAUAUAACGAAGUUUGUGAAGACGCUUCUUGCCAGUAUAAUGAAUAUGUCACUUGUCACCUAAAUCGCUGUGGGACCUGUGAAGCCGUCUACAGUGGAUAUGACAAUUUGACGGUUAACUGUAACCAGUGUGAGUAGUUAUUUAUCAUUAACUGGAAUGUUAACAUUGACUUAAAAAUCUUCUACUUUAGAUAAUUCGAUUCAUAUGGAAAACCAAAUAUGCUAUUUUUAAUUGUAAUUAUACUUGCUAAUGCAUUUAACUGUUUUUCUUUGUUUGCUAAGAAAAUUGUUAUUUAAUAAUUUAAUUAACCAAAUCAGAAUAUAACAACCCAACCUCCCUAGACAGAGAAUUCCACAUUUUCUUUUAUAUUCCCCCACUGCUGAAAUCUCAUUUGGCCAAACUGAGUUCUUUGCACAGUCUUUUUAAUGACCAAGUCAUAAGAGAGAUUAGUCUUGGCCCUUUACUCCAGGGUUGCCCAAAAGGCAGAUCCCCAGAUGUUUUAUAAUUACAGCUUACAAGAUGAUUUGUCAUUCUAAAGCAGGCUUCCCCCAACUCUGGCCCUCCAGAUGUUGCUGAACUAUAACUCCCAUGAUUCCCAGCCUAUUUCAUUCAUAUAAUCAUUGGAGUUGUAGUUUAAGCAACAUCUGGAGGGCCAGAGUUUGGAGAAGCCUGUUCUAAAGGCAUGCAUCAUGUGAGUUGUAGUUAUACAACAUCUGGGGAUCUACCUUUUAGGCACCGCUGCUUUACUCUUUCUGUAAUCGCUAGAAAUUUAAAAAGACAUCUGUAUUUAUACACACAAACCAGAACUUAAUGAUUCUAUUUGUCUGCACUCUCCCUUCUCAGUGACCCCAAAGUGUCGGCUGAUGCACCUUGAAAUGCUGCACAAGAGCCGGAGUGGACAGAGCCGUCCGGGUCGUGGAAGGCCAGAGGUUGACAACGUGUAUGAUCCUGAAUGUGAGUCCAGUGGAGCCUUCAAGUCUAAACAAUGCGACGAAGACUCCAAUCUUUGCUGGUGUGUGGACAGCGCUGGAGUACGCGUCACAGAUAAGACUAGUGAUGACCCAAAAUGUGAAAAGCUUGUGGCAGUUCAGUAAGUACUGUCUCUUAAUUUGAUACAGCAAGCAUCUAUAUUUGGCAAAUCAUACAUUUUAAUCUAUUUAUGUCUCUGUUUUGUUGAUCACCUAUUUAACUUUCCUUUUCCCCAGUGAUGUGUACUUUGUUAAUAAAGUAACUGAAAUAAUAUCAGGGUUUUUUGUUUGUUUUUUAAUGGGAGCUGCUCAGUCCUGCUUAGUACAGCUGUGCAUUCUUUAAUUAACACUCAUGAUAACCGUGUGAGUGGCUCCCAAUGGGACACUCUGUGAGCAUACAGGAAAAAAUAUAUAUAUAGAGGAAAAUAUCACCACCACAAUGUAAUAUAAAACACUUUGCUAAUAGUGAUGUCCCGAACGGUUCGCCGAACGGUUCGCCGCGGACUCAUCAUUGAGUAAACUUUGACCCUGUACCUCACAGUCAGCAGCAGACCCUCCCUCCCAGAUCCUCCCACCUCCUGGACAGCUCACUAAAAAUGCAGCUUCACAAUGAAUGUAAAAUGGAUGCUGUCCAGGAGGUGGGAGGGUCUGGGAGGGAGGGUCUGCUGCUGAUUGGCUGGAAUGUGUCUGCUGACUGUGAGGUACAGGGUCAAAGUUUACUCAAUGAUGAGUCCGUGGCGAACCGUUCGGCGUACCGUUCGGGACAUCACUAGUUGCUAAAUCAAUCUUUGCUAAAAAUCAAAACAUGAGAAAACGAUUCACAGAAAAUUGUGUGUGUGUGUAUGUAUAUGUAUACAGUUUUUUUUUUUUACAGUAUUAUUUUUACAUAUAUGAUUUUUAUUAUGUAUGGGGGGUGGGUGGGGUGUCUGACAAUCCAGACAGAAAGUGCUGAGAAUUUAAUUUGAAAGCCCUCUAUUUGACCCUGUAAGUUUCCAAAACCCCAUAAAACCCAAUAUAUGGGGGCUACUGUUGUGUUCGGGAGGCAUCGUUGAACACAGAUUUGUGUAUUUUAUUGCAGUAAAAGCUAAUAGUAUUAUGACAUUCACAGUUAUAAUUGCAUGCAGAACUUGGAAAAUAACAUUUCUUAAUUUCUCACAUUUCUUUAUAUUUUAUUCAUUUUACAUUAUGUUUCACAAAUAAAUAUUUGAUGUGAAAUGAAAGCCCUGUGUUUUCUCAACAAAACUAUAUAUCAUAAAUGUGGGUGCACUUAAAGUCCAUAUUUUGUUUUGGUUCAGAACUUGUAAAACAGCCUCCAUCCUGAAGGGGAUAAACAUUGGUUUUUUUUUGUGUGUGUGUUUUAACUUUAAUUUAUUAACUGAACUCUCUUGUUUCAGCCUGAUACAAAUUGAUUUGAUCUUUAAAGCAGACUUUGCUUUCCUCAAGGGAAAAGAAGAUCAUUUGCGCAGGUCAGUCAUCCCCAUACUCCUUCCAUACCCCAUCGCAAAACAUUUAUAAACACUAUUGUCUGAUAACAUUUUUUUUUUCCCCAACAUAUUUUUCAAAAUAUUUGUGCAUAUUUUUCAUGACACAUUUUACAUUUCCCAGAAUGCUGUUGACUUCGUGGUACUGCUAUGGGACUCGGAGGAAAAGAAUACUAUAAGAAAUAUAGACACUAUAGCUUCCUGGUGCCCUCCCACAGUUAUAGCCAAACUGUUUAAGAAUGGUUUGACAUUCAACACGGACCAGGUUGGAUUCAUACCUGGCAGACAGCUUUUCGAAAACACCGUAAGGAACAUAGACCUCAUUUGGAAACAAACGGUCACGGGGACACCUACACUGGUCUUCUCCAUAGACGCCGAGAAGGCUUUUGAUAGGGUCCGGUGGCCAUAUCUAUUCACCCUGCUGGCACAUAUGGGCUUCCCAGAAGAAUACAUAGCACUAACCAAGACGAUGUACAACAACAUGAGGGCACAGGUUCUGAUCACAGGAGCCCAGAUGCGCCCAUUCCAACUACACAACGGCACUAGACAGGGGUGUCCACUCUCCCCCCUGCUGUUCGUACUUGCGCUAGAGCCCUUCUUAUAGGCGAUCCGGAGACACCCGAAAAUCCGGGGGUAAUGGUAGGAGCCAUUGAGUUUAAAGUAUCGGCAUAUGCGGAUGACGUGAUGUUGACCCUUACAAACCCGAUGGACUCAAUGGGAGCGCUGCAGGACGUGAUAAAGGAAUAUAGGGCAGUUUCUGGGUACAAGGCAAAUAUCACCAAAUCUAGUGCCUUACCGAUAGGGAUGACGCCGCAUAACGUGGCGCGGCUGCGUGACACGUACCGAGUGCGAAUGGAAACCGGCUCCCUAAAAUAUUUGGGAAUACACCUGACAGCGGAUCCAAACGCACUUCACGCCACAAACUACACACCGAUGUUCAGAACACUGAUAAGGGAUUUAGAAAAAUGGACAGAUAAACCCAUCUCUUCGAUAGGACGGAUCCACUCCGUCAAGAUGAAUAUUCUCCCACGCAUCCUCUUCUUAUUUCAGACGUUACCCGUUCGCAUUACGAAAACACAAUUGGUACCUUUACAACGAGCAAAAGGGAACUUUAUUGGGCAGAACAAGAGACACAGGAUUUCCAGGCAGGUGCUGUACAGGAGGAAGGACCGAGGUGGGCUGGGCCUGCUGAAUCUUUACUUUUAUUACAAGGCGGGUCAACUGUCACAGGUGGUUAUGUGGCACUCUACCCCAGAUGAACGGAAAUGGGUUGUUGUAGAGGCUCUCAUGGUGGGAUCAGACCUCCCACAGUUCACGAUGUGGGUGCCGAGGGAACACAGACCGAUGAUCAGGAUGACCUGCCCAGCAAUAUUGAACGCACUACGUAUAUGGGAUGCGACACACAUCAAAUAUGGACUAGCCUCCUCAUCGACCCCACUAAUGCCUUUGUUCCGUAACAGAGCCUUCCCUCCAGGCAUGGCAGCAAGAGAGUUCCGUACUCUAGAAAGGGUAGGCCUCCAAAGGAUACAUCACAUGUUUCAGGGGGGAGAAACGGUACAGUUCGACGACCUUAAGCAACAUCAUCAUUUAACACCUCAGACUUCUUCAGAUAUGUGCAACUUAGGGACUACGCUAGCCAACCCCACAUUAAAGCUGCAGCCUGCGGGCCAAUGACCUUCUUUGAUUAACUGUGCGUAACAGGGAAGGCACCUAAGGGAUUAAUAACGCUGAUGUACACCCAUCUUAGCUCCGAAAACACAGAGUGGGGGAUUGUCCUACAACGACCAGUGGGAGCGGGAUCUAGGCGAGGUUCUAGAGGGUAUUGAUUGGCAGGAAAUCUGGGAAGCAAACAAAAAUAUAUCGAUGUGUGUGACACUUCAGGAGCAGUCGUGGAAAACCAUGUUCCGAUGGUACACCACUCCAGUGAAGCUCUUUAGAAUGCGCAAAAUAAGCACAGAUGAUUGUUUGAGGGGCUGCGGAACUAGAGGAACAUAUAUACAUAUGUGGUGGGAUUGUCCAAUUGUAAAUAGAUUCUGGAAAUCGGUCGAGAACUUAGUGCAACAGAUCUUAAAUAGAAAACCACCUCUAGACCCCUGGGUAUAUCUGCUAAACAGGCCUCUAGAGGGGUGGACCAGGAAGGAGCAGAAACUACUACACAAGAUCACAUUAAGCGCAUGCAGAGCAAUAGCGACAGCGUGGCUGUUGCCGAAGGGACCGAACUUCACGGGUGUAAUUUCCAGGAUCAAGGAUAGUAGACUGAUGGAUGAUUUAACAGCUAGGGUGAAAGGUACCACAGUGGUGUUCCAAAGAACAUGGGAACCUUGGGAUAACAGCACACUGGGAUAGGGAGGCAAGCAAGAGGAGAACUGCAUAGGGCUGGGAGUCAUAAUCAGUGUAUUUCUCUUUAAAAAAAAGCAAAAAUUCCUUGGUGGACAGUAGAAUUGAGCAAAGUUAGAAUAUACCGUAUUGAAUGACUUAAUGUGGAACAAAGUGGAAAUGUUUGACAUUUAAAACAGGCUUUUGCAAAAGCUGAUAUGCUAGAACAUCUGUCUUACUGUUUCUGCCAAGAUGAAAAAAAAAAAAAAAGAAUGGUUUGACAUUUUGUCUGGGGUCUGGAGGGCACCCUUUGCUGCCUCCCAGGCUUCUGUUGGCUUCACUGAGCUAACCAUGCCAUGCAGGGACAGCUUAUCUACUGAGAGCGCCAGUGAGUGCUCUAAGCCAGCAAACGUGGCCUUGCAUAACCAGAUUUAGCUCAGUGGCAGAGCUUCUGGCAGCAGAGGUGGUGGUGGUGGGUGCCUGUCGAACCCCAGGUAAGUUGUCGAGCCAUUAAAUAUAGUCUCCUCCUUUACUGUGUUGAUUCCCUUUAAAUACAUAAAGGGAUUUAGCACAGUAAAGGAGGAGACGAUAUUUAAAAGAAGAAAAACUACCACAACAAAAGGACAUAGUCUUAAAUUAGAGGGGCAAAUGUUUAAAAAUAAUAUCAAGAAUUAUUACUUUACUGAGAGGGUAGUAGAUGCAUGGAAUAGCCUUCCAGCUGAAGUGGUAGAGGUUAACACAGUAAAUGAGUUUAAGCAUGCGUGGGAUAGGCAUAAGGCUAUCCUAACUAUAAGAUAAGGCCAGGGACUAAUGAAAGUAUUUAGAAAAUUGGGCAGACUAGAUGGGCCGAAUGGUUCUUAUCUGCCAUCACAUUCUAUGUUUCUAUGUAUUAUUAAAUGGUUUCACUACUUUACUGUGGGUGUGGGGUGCGGGGAUUGGGGGCGGGGGGGAGGUUCUCUUGGCACCACAACAACUAUAGUGGGCUGCAGUGUUUAUAGUGAUUGGAAUGCUCAUUUUAAGAGACCUAGCAUCAUAAGUUUCUGUGGCUGGAAGAACAAAAUAAUUAUUAUAUCUCAACAACUGCUGAUUUGUUUAAUCAAUCUGUAACAGAAUACAGAUUAUAGAAUAUAGAUUUUGUGGCCUGUAAAACCAUUCUGUUACUUAAAUUCCAACAACAGCUCCAGCAGCAUCCUAUGUGGAUAGAUUUUUGUGGUUUGCUCUCUGCAUGUUGUUUAAAGCUCUGAUUAUUUAUCUCGAUGAUGAAUAUUUGCUUCUUGUAACUUAACCUUUUAAAUAAUUAUCUUAAAUUAGUUUUCUUCAACAAACCUUUCAGGAACCUGAUCAAUAAAGUGUCACAAUUUACCUUGAAAACUCCGCAGAUCCUACAAAUAACAGUAAGUAUGCAAUGUUACCAGAUUCCCUAUUCUUUGAUUAUUGCUUUCUUAACAUUGUCAAGUAUGCUUACUACAGCUGGUCAUUAUCUGACUGACACUAUGGGGGAUAAAUGAAAAGCAUACUUUGAGGGUUUUCUUCCUUAAAGGAACACUAUAGGGUCAGGAACACAAACGUGUAUUCCUGACGAUAUAGUGUUACAAACACUAUUUAGCUGCCCGUCUAUCCCUUAAAUAGGGAGAAAACUUGCUUUAUUUUCAGCACCUCGCAUUGGCCCCAUCCGAUCUGCCUCCUUGACUGACAUCAUCAGAAUUUACAAUCUGAGCAAAUCCAAUCAGAUUGGCUGAGAUCGUCAAUUCUAAAGACGUCCGCCAAUGAGGCGGGGUGGAGCCAAACACCGCCCUGGCCAGUCAGUAUCUCCUCAUAGUGAUGAACUGAAUCAAUGCAUCUCUAUGGGGAAAGUUCAGCCAGCACUGACAGAGGAAUUACCUCUAGUGGCAGUGUUUACAUUAAAAAGCCUGCAGGGACAGACUAUAUUCACCAGAACAGCUACAUUAAGCUGUAGUUGUUCUAGUGACUAUAGUGUCCCUUUAAUAAACAAAUUCAUAAAAUAAAACUAAAUAUUGCAUCACUCUCUCACUCCCUUUAAUGACAAAUUUUGGAGAGAUGAAAACCGCUUUGAAAAAUGAAAAAUCUAGUCUUAAGUGAAUGAGAUUUUUGUAUGUCUAGAUUUGUCUUAGAUUUUUCUAUUCAGCUGUUAUCAUUUAUAUUGCUUCAACAUAUAACACAGUGAUCCACGGAUCACUGUUUAUUGAUUAACUCCAUAUAAUUUGAACACCCAUAUAAAUAUUACAGUUGCAAUCCACUCAUUCUUUUAUAUCUUAGAGCAGGGGUGGCAAACUACAGCACUUUACGGACAUUAUCUCCCAUAACGCUCUUGCACUCAUAAUGCUGGCAAAGCAUUAAGGGAGAUGUAGUCCAAAACAUCUGGAGUGCCGAAGGUCAACUACCCCUGUCUUAGUGAAAUUUCAGAAUUUAUUUUUGACGUUCGCAAAAAGUGCACCGAUCAGCCCACAAAUUGCUCUUUACACCAGUAUGUUAGAUUUGAAAUGAAACAAUAACUCAAAAUAUAAAUUGGAGAUGAUUUAUUUAUAAAGCUCCUACAAUGUCUGCAGUGCUGUACAAUACAAGUAGUUGCUGCAAGACAAGUUGGACUUGCAGGAACAGAAGGUGCUUAGGGCCCUGCCAAAUGAGCUAACAUUCUAAGGAAGAUUGUUUGUAAAAAUAUAUCUAUUUUUCCUUGCCAAUAAUUUUUAUCAUUAACCCUAGGCACACAUUGUUCCUUCAUAAGGAAUGUUUCCAACAGUAAAUGGCUAUUAGGUAAUAAGUGUCACUUGUGCAACUACAAAUGUGCUAAUUAUGUGUUUUUUUUAUUAAGGUUAAUGAAGUGACUCACAAAGUUACAAUGAAGUUAUUUUCUACAAAUGUGACAAAGGAGCCGGUGGACAUUGCAACUGUUGCUUAUUACAUUGAGCGUGAGGUAUGUAACAAGAAUUUCAAUCUGGACUGAUAUGUAAUUAGCGUUGCAAUGAGCUAGAUAUAUUAUUGUCUCUUAUGUUACAGUUUAUUUUUAAACAGAAGGAAUCAAGAUAAAGGUGAGGACAGAUUAUUGUAGUGGUCUUCAAGCAGUUUCUCAAAAACAGGAGUGUCUCCACGUCACCCAAAGCCCAACCCCUUGUGCCGCCAAUUAUCUGGCAAAAAUAUUUGUUUGGAUUUCAGAAUCACUGUUAACCCAUUCAGCAUCAUAGGACUGGGAAAAUAAGCCUGUAUGAAUGUGGUAGCACCAAAGGGGCUAUCGGCCAUUAGGCAAAGCUUUAUCCUGCUACCACGUUAAAAUAGUUUGGCCCGAUAAAUAAAUUUUCAAGUGGAGGGUUAGGUUUUUGAAGCCAGAUUGAGACGACUAUUUUUUUUUUUUUUUUUGUCAAACCACUUGAAAAUCUAGUCCUCACCUCUCUGAUCAUCUCUAUGGUAAUUGUCAGAAUCACAGGGAUCCUUUCUGCCUACAAAAAAAUAAUGCUUUAGCUACAAAAAUUUAAGAGAUUUUAGUUAAUGGGGGGAAUAUAUUACUCGACUGGAUUUACAGUUGGCAUAUAUAAUUACACAACGAACACAGUUUAGACAUGGUUUGUAUUUUCACAACAUGUGCCCUAGCAGACAGACAGCUGCCUACAAGCAAAUGGGACCCUGUGAUUGAGGGAAAAGUAAACAAAGCCAUUACUAUGUCCAACUGUUACUCACUAUUGCUGGCCAGCUGUGCAGCAACCACCAAUUAACACACCUCUCCUUCCGCCCCAAAAUUUGCUUAUAAUAAAAUAACUUAUAAGCAGAUAAAUCAAACAUAUAAAAAUGUAUUAAUGAUAAGGAAUAUUGUUGUUUAUCCCCCGCUUGGAUGUUUCUAUUGUUUAUGUGCAUUGUAAGAAGUUAUGUUUUAUUUUUUUCAAGGGCAGUUUCCCCUUGGCUAUUUCCCUUUUUGUACAGUACCUUAACAGCAUUUUUCAUAGAAGUGGUAGGGAAACCAAACGUGGACAUGAUAUAAACUAUGUCCACCCAGCUAUCAAAUACCUUCUCUGCUUUUAACACUAAGAGAAGGCAAUCUAAAUUUUGCCUGGUAAUUACCUAAAACAUUUAAAAAAAAGUGACAGAUGUAGUUGAAUGCCGGAUGGUGGGGUAUAAAUACUGUCUGGAUAUACAAUAUCUGGGAGAACAGUUCUGAGCUUGGAAUCUAUCAAUAUUGCAUACAGGUUCAUUUCUGUGUUAAGCAACGAGAUUGGUCUUAAGUUUUGGGAUGCAUUAUGGGGCUUCCCUCGUCUUCCAAUAUAGAAGAUUCCAACAUAAUUUUCUUAGAAUCGGUUAAUUGAGGCAAACUAAGAUCCUUCAUAACUUAUGCUAUGGAUGAUACAUCGGGAUGUGCAUAAAAUGGGUUGGACUCUAGAUUGUACAGGGAGCUAUAAUAGGAGGCCUAUUCUUUUACAAUAGCUGUGGGGUUUAUGACGUUCUUACCCUUUUUGUCUUAAAUGUAUUGAAUUUUACUUUGUUGCAAUUUUGCCUUCAAUUUAAAUGUUAAUAGCUGUAUUGAUCUUUGAGGAGUGUUAGAUAAAGGAACACAAGCCUGUAUUGCUGACCAUAUAGUGUUGAAAACACCAGCUAGAAGUGGUGAUAUUUAGGGGGGGCAGAUGGGGUUUUUAACCAGCACCCACCAACCACAGCCCUGGCCAAUCAGCCUUUCCCCAUAGAGAUGCUCCUUUAAGGAAAAGAGGUGUUUCUGAUGUAAAAAAAAAAACUGAGCCCUGCUGUAUGAAAACCAUUCUUAUUACUGUCUUAUGAGCGAGCUAGGUGCUGCAAUAUCAGUAUCAUACAAGUUAUGGUGAAAGUAGUUUUGUAGUUGUGUUCUGAGGAAGGAAUUCUAUUUAUGGGUCAUCUUAAACAGUAUUGUUCAUUCUCAAGGAAAAGAGGUGGCUAUAAACUUUAGUAAAUCUUCGCAUAUCUACUGAUCUCGUAACAGCCUUGAAGUUAAAUUUAUAAACUCUUUUCAGCUUAAACAGAGUAAAUUCACAGUGGUCCUGGAUGGUCGGAAUGUGGAGGUGGAUCAAGAAUCUAUCAGAGUUCUUUUCUUUGACAAUGAGCCUCCCCGUAUCAACAUGAAGACCAUAUCUCCAGGAUUUGCUGCCAUUAUUAUCAUCAUUGCGCUGGCCAUUCUCACAGGGAUUGCAGUGUUUGUAAGUAUGGCAUGUUGGGGGUUGUCUUUAGGACAUUUAUUUGGGAUGCAGUUUUAAGGACUCAUACUACAUAGCAUGAAUAAUAUCCAAAACUUCCCCAAUGUAGAUCCCCCUCACUAAUCAUCACAGGACAGUUAAGGGGCAAUCCAAGCACCAUAACCACUACAUGCUAAUGUAGUGGUUAUAGUGCUAUUAAGCUAGUGUUAAUGUCCCCAAGAUAUGAAAUGUUGUUCAAAUUGGGGAUCCCUGAGACCAGCCACCUACUAAGCAGUAUUAAAAUGUGGAUAACCUUGAUCUUGGAUGUGGUAAACUGGAACCUGGAAAAUACACAGCGUGUAGCAGUUAUGGCACUUAAACAAACAGACUCCAUCUUUGUGUAGUUCAAUUUAGAGGGAGAUGCAUACCUAAUUGUUGCUUUCAAUACAGGUUGUUGUUCAAAGAAAAGCAGAACAAGAGCGGAUUCAGUUUGAAGUCAUUGAGGUGAGACAUUUAUAGCAUUAGGAAUGUGUGGUAGGAUGCAUUAUGGAGAGGUUUUUAGGAUAUGUAAUAGAUACUUCACAAUACAUUGUGUCAAAAAAAAAAAAAAAAAAAACAGCGCUAAAAACUACACAUAAAACUCACUUCCCAAAAAAUAGACUACUAAAAGGGACACUCCUGUCGCAGCACAAUAUUCAGUACAGCUUAUUGUAGUGGUUGUAGUACUGGUUUUCUGUUAAAGUGGUUGGUGCAUGAUAUUGUAACCAAUACAAUGAGCUGCACCAGCUAUGUGAUUUAGAUAGUUACAAAGAGCACAGGAAAAUGUAGGAACUAUUUGCUAAUAGAGCCAAUACUACAUUUCUGUGAUUGGCUUGUUAUACACCAAUCAAAUUGCAUUAUUCAAUGACUGACCAAUCCUCACUAAUGGCAGAUAGAAUAGAGUGGGAGGAAUUUGCUGCUCUGGUUCAGUAGCCUCUAACGCCUUUAGUUGUUGAUUUUAAAACUAAUGUUGCUGAACUACAACUCCCAGGAUUAUAUGAAUGCAAGGCUAAGAAUCCUGGGAGUUGUGGUUCUGAGUCUGACUUUUUUUUUUUUAUCAUCAUGUAUGUAGCCCUUUCUUCCCAAGUGAGUUUAUUUUAUCAGCAAUAGUAUAAAUCCCUGUUAGUAUUUUAGGGAGAUUGUAUUUGCAAGACUAUAUAGAUUAAUGGAUUUUCUUUUCUACUCUCCAAUGUUCCAGGGUCAAGAGCUGGAAGAUUAUAAUUUGGCCCAGAGAGAAGGACUACGGUAUUAUGAUUAA